CAUACUAGUAGUCGACUACCAAAUUUCAAAUUUGAUGGUGAUUGGGCCAAUUAGAUAACCUUAUCCACCAAUUCCUAACGGAGAAGUUGCCACAUAGGACAGCGAUCAAGAUGACAAGUCCCCUUGAUAUCUCAAUUUUCCACCUCUCAUUACAUCCCCUCUCUCUACUCUCAUAAAACAGCCUUAAGAAUAUCAUCUUCUCAAAUUGGACAGUUAAUUCAAAGACAGAAAGGUGGUGUUGUAGAGAGACAGAGCACAACUAGAGAUCAUAGAAAGAAAUGGCCUCAACUUCAGCUGUUUCAAUGGCCAUGCCAUUAACUUCUGCAAGCCAAAAGAGGGUUCUUCCAAGCCCAGAGGCCUUCUGCAAGCCAUUGCCUGUGAGGCCAUCUAAGGCUAUGAUGGCUUCAAAAUCCAAUGGAAGUUUUCAAGUCAAGGCUUCAUUGAAGGAGAAGGCAGUCACUGGGUUGACAGCAGCUGCACUCACUGCUUCCAUGGUGAUUCCGGAGGUGGCUGAAGCAGCUGGGCCUGGGGUUUCUCCAUCCCUCAAGAACUUCUUGCUCAGCAUUGUGGCUGGUGGGGUUGUGCUCGGUGUCCUUGUUGGUGCUGUGAUUGGAGUAGCCAAUUUCGACCCUGUCAAGCGUAGCUAAGGGAUGUUAAAAAAAUCUGAGAAUUCUGGGAAUUCAUGUUCCUCAUUAUGUUGUGUAUCUUUAUGAUGUUCCAGUGAUAAUCCGUCUUUAAGUCUGUUUGUCUUGUCCGUCUCUCCCUUAGCUGUAAUUUCACCAGAAACCUGUGAAUUCUGAAAUUUCAAUUUCCAA